AAUGUGUCUUUCUCGCGGGCAGAGGGUGACGAGAGCGGCCGGUUCAGCAUGGGCGUGGACUCUGGCCUGGUGAGCCUGGCCCGCCGCCUGGACCACGAGGAGCAGCACCACUACGCCCUCACCGUCACGGCCACAGACGGCGUCCACACCGCCGCCACCAAGCUCGUGGUGGAGGUGAUGGACGCCAAUGAUCACCGCCCGGUGUUCAGCGCCAGGACCUACGAGGGUGCCGUGAGCGAGGACGUGGCGCCGGGGUCCACCGUGGUCACCCUGCAGUGCCGAGACAGGGACCAGUCACCCACGGCGUCCUCCGCGGUGUACUUCACGCUGCACCACGCCCAGGCCUUGGCGUCCCAGGGCCUCUUCACCGUGGACUCGUUCACUGGUGACCUCAUCGUGGCCGAGGAGGUGUCCAGCGUCCACGAGCUGACCGUGAGCUGCAGGGACCGCGGCCGACAGGAGAACGCAGACUUUGCCCGCGUGUCCGUGACGGUGGAGGACGCCAACGACCACGAGCCCGUCUUCCUGGAGCCCAUGAUCAUCGCCAAGGUGAGCGUGGGGGCCGCGGCGGGCACGGCGGUGGUGCGGGUGAUGGCGCUGGACCACGACAAGGGCGACAACGGCAGGAUAUCCUACUCCAUCUUCGAGGGUGUGUGUGGGCGGGUGAGAGUGAGGCGGCCAUCAAGACUCCUCUCCUCCCAGACUUGA